CUCUGCUGGUUUGUUUUAGCUAUGUCUGGACGUGGCAAGCAGGGAGGCAAGGCUCGCGCCAAAGCGAAAACUCGGUCUUCACGGGCUGGACUACAGUUUCCUGUUGGUCGGGUACAUCGCUUGCUCCGCAAAGGUAACUACGCCGAGCGGGUUGGUGCUGGUGCUCCGGUCUACCUCGCAGCUGUGCUGGAGUACCUCACUGCUGAGAUCCUGGAGCUGGCAGGGAACGCUGCCCGGGACAACAAGAAAACUCGCAUCAUUCCUCGACAUUUGCAGUUGGCUAUCCGCAACGAUGAGGAACUCAACAAACUCCUUGGGAAAGUGACCAUCGCCCAGGGUGGUGUCCUGCCUAACAUUCAGGCCGUGCUGUUGCCCAAGAAGACUGAGAGUCACCACAAGGCUAAGGGCAAGUAAUAGUCCUGUAACUGCCUCCAUCAGACCCAAAGGCUCUUUUCAGAGCCACCCACAACUUCAUAUGAGAGCUUGUAACAAUCAAUUAGAAGUAAUGUUUCAUAAAUCGCCUCUUCCCAUUCUGUGGUUGCAAGUAGGUGAG